CGCACCGCCCCUUCCCCUUCCCCGCCCCCUGCGCGGAGCCUUGCGCGGUUCGUUGCGCGGUGGUGGAGGCGGCGGCGGGGAUGGGCGGCCGGGCGCUGCUGUGGCCGCUGCUGCUGUCGGGGCUGUGCGCCGCGCAGUACGAGGAGUACAGCGUGCGCGGGUUCCCCGCGGCCGCGCUGGAGCCGCUGCAGGCAGCUUACGCGCGGGCGCUGGCGCAGUACGCGGACGCGCAGUGGGCAGAGAGCGCUCGGGAGCUGGAGGCCAGCCUGCGGCUGCACCGCCUGCUCCGCGACAGCGAGGCGCAUUGCCACCGCCGCUGCUCCGCGCCCGCGGAGGGAGGAGGGGACCCCGCGGAAGAAGGAGGGGACCCCGCGGAAGCGGAGCCGGCGGUCUGGGAGUGGCAGAGGGAGCUGCAGCUCUUCGGGCGGCUGCUGCGCAGAGCCGGCUGCCUGCGCGCCUGCAAGCGCGACCUGCCUGUGUUCCAGCUGCGCUACCCCCCGGCGCAGACCCUGCGCGACUUCCAGCGCCGCCUGCCCUACCAGUACCUGCACUACGCUCUCUUCAAGUCAAAUAAGAUCGAGAAAGCAGUGUCUGCUGCCCACACCUUCCUGCAGAAGAACCCCAAGCAUGAGAUGACCUUGAAGUACCUCAACUACUACAGGACGAUGCUGGACGUGGAUGAAUAUUUGGUUGACCUGGAGGCUCCUCCCUACGAGCCGAUCUUCGUGCGCUCGGUGAAGCUGUACAACAGCGGCGACUUCCGGAGCAGCGCUGCCGGCAUGGAGCAGGCUCUGGCUGAGUACUUCCAGGCGUACGAGGACUGCCUGGCCGGCUGCGAGGGCGCCUACGAGCUGCGCGACUUCAAGGACUUCUACCCUGCCAUCGCAGACCACUUCGUGAGCGUCCUGCAGUGCAAGGUGGACUGCGAGGCUGAGCUCACCCCCAACGUGGGAGGCUACUUGGUGGAGAAGUUCGUGGCCACCAUGUACCACUACCUGCAGUUCGCCUACUACAAGCUGAACGACGUGCGGGACGCGGUGCGAGCCGUCUCCAGCUACAUGCUCUUCGACCCGGCCGACGCCGUCAUGCAGCAGAACUUGGUCUAUUACCGCUUCCACCGCCAGCGCUGGCGCCUGCAGGGGGAGGACUUCCAGCCCCGCCCGGAGGCUGUGCGCUACCACACACAGACGGCUGCCCAGAAGAGGAUGCUGGACUUUGCCAGGCAGUACCUGCAGGCUGAGGAUGAUGAGAUGGAGGUGGGUGAGGAGGGGCUGGAGGCACAGGACCUGCCCUCCGACAGCGAGUUCGAGGGCGAAGGUGACUACGAGGAGGACUUCUUCGCUGAGUGGUGGCAGGAGCCCAGGACCAAGGGGGACAAAGCUGACCAAGAGACCCUGCGAUGAGCCAGGCCAAGGGACAGCCUGCCCCAGGGGAGCUGGGCAGUGGUGUCGCUGCGAUGCCAUCCUGGGGACACCAGGCUGUGGCUCCUGCCAGCUGCCACGCAGAGGCUUGGGC